UCCAGCAGUCAGAGGAGACCGUAGGAGCAGGACAGCAGGCAGGCUGUGCGUCAGCCGGUGCUCCAUAGGGAAACAUGGAGAUAAGCAGGAGAGGACACAGGAGCGCAGAGUAACGGGAUCAUAUAGAUGGAUGUUGUUUCAUUAACAAACAGGCAACCUGAAGGCAACCCACGCAGAGGAUAAACCACUUAUGGACGCAGUGGAUUAAAGACCUGCAGACAGACUGAGAGGCAGAGAGAGGGAGAGGGGAACCGAAAAGGAGAAAUUGAUCAGUUUACUUAUUUAUUUCCAUUGACGGAGGGUGUGCACUUUCUGUGUGUGUGUGUGGCUGCAGAAAGUAGGAGACUAUAUUGCUGUUCUCCAGCACCACAUGGAAAAAAAGCCUUCAGAGCUGAAUAUUUUUGUGUUUUCUCUCCCUCUCUCUCUGCAUGGAUGUGUUCCACCAUUGUGCAGUAACACUCAAUAUGCAUGUGUGAGGGCUGAGAAUGAAAAGAUAAUGAUGAGUCUGAAGUGAGUCACAGAGCCUGAUUUUAAAAUUCUCUGUUUUUUUGGUUGGAUUGUUGGAAACAGGCUAAAAGAAAAUUUGCUUUUUCUUUUCCUCAAAUGUGCAAGCUUUUCUGGGGCCUUGUGUGGAGAUCCGCAGGGCUGCCACUAGGGAAACUUCUCGCCUCUACACCCCAGAGAGGUAGAGGAAUCAUCAGGUAGGAGGUGGCAGAACAAGUGGGCCUGAGCGGCCAGCAGUAGAGAGUAGGAGGAAGAGUUUGUGUCGUAGACUGUGUAGGCCGGUGGAGCUGCCUGAUGGUUGAAACUCUAGCUGAGAGAGGAUAAUGGCAGCUUUGGGCCAAUUCUUCUCCUCUCCCACCUGCAUCAGCUGCAAACAAACUGAGAGGUGCUAGCCAAAACUCUUUAGAGCCCGCCAGAAGAAUGGUGUGAUCAGUGUCCUGCGGUCUGUCCUACCUUGCUGGAAGACCCCUACACAACUUAGAGGGGCCACACUUCAUCGUUCACCUCUUUUAUUUUUCCUUCUGCCCCGAGCUCUUCAUCUGUGUGGGAGACAUCUCUUUUCCACUCCAGCCUCCUAACCCUCAACCUCACCAGCCUACAAACUCAGCUCAGUGGCUCUCUUCUAGCACCAACCUGUCCUUCUUUUUCCUCCCUCUCUUUUCUUUUUCUUUUCUUUUUCUUUUUGUCGAGGCUUCAAGGGAAUUGCCAAGAGCUGUUUCAUGCAUGUCCACUGGCGGCAGGUUCAACUUUGAUGAUGGGGGGUCAUACUGCGGCGGGUGGGAGGAGGGCAAGGCACAUGGCUACGGGAUCUGCACGGGGCCCAAGGGCCAGGGCGAGUACUGUGGCUCCUGGGCCCAUGGCUUUGAGCUGUUGGGUGUUUACACUUGGCCAAGCGGGAAUACCUACCAGGGCACCUGGGCUCAGGGGAAGAGACAUGGUCUGGGUGUUGAGAACAAAGGUCGCUGGUUGUACAAAGGCGAAUGGACUCAUGGCUUUAAAGGGCGGUACGGUGUGCGGGAGAGCACGGGGACGAGCGGAAAGUACGAGGGAACGUGGAACAACGGGCUGCAGGAUGGCUACGGAACGGAGACAUAUUCGGACGGAGGAACAUUUCAGGGCCAGUGGGUCGGUGGGAUGCGUCAUGGCUACGGAGUCCGGCAAAGUGUUCCGUACGGCAUGGCAGCUGUAAUCCGCUCCCCUCUGCGCACCUCCAUAAACUCUCUCCGCUCCAGUUCAGAGCACAGCAAUGGAACCGCAUUGCUGGACCGAACGGGCGCGCUGGUUCCUGGUCCGCCCACGGUUCCGGGAACUCUGACUACCAGCGUCUCCAUGUGCAGCACGGGCAGCAGCGGCAGCAGCCCCGCGGUGUCCCGGGGAGGCUUCGUGCUGACGGCGCACAGCGAGGCUGAGCUGCUGAAGGGGAAGAGGAAAGGAGGCCUGUUUCGGAGGUCAAUACUGUCUGGUCUCAAGCUGAGGAAGUCUGAGUCCAGAAGUUCUCUUGCGUCACAGAGGUCCAAACAGAGCUCGUUUAGGAGCGAGGCUGGCAUGAGUACUGUCUCCUCAGCUGCAUCUGAUAUCAACUCUACCAUCAGCCUUGGAGAUGCAGAUGCAGAACUGGCUGUUGCGGAUGAUGAUGUUGACGCUACAGCCACAGAGACCUACUGCGGGGAGUGGAAGAACGACAAGCGGACCGGAUUCGGUGUGAGUCGGCGGUCCGACGGGCUGCAGUACGAGGGGGAGUGGCUCAGCAACAAGCGGCAUGGCUACGGUUGCACCACCUUCCCCGACGGCACCAAGGAGGAGGGGAAGUACAAGCAGAACAUCCUGGUUAGCGGGAAAAGGAAGAACCUGAUCCCCCUCCGGGCCAGCAAGAUCCGGGAGAAGGUGGACCGGGCUGUGGAGGGGGCCCAAAAGGCGGCAGACAUCGCCCGGCAGAAGGCUGAGAUUGCUCUGUCCAGGACGGCCCACGCACAGGGUAAAGCAGAGGCAGCGGUGGGAGCAGCUCAGAAAGCUCAUGAUGAGAGUCGGAUGGCGAGGGUCACCGCCAAGCAGUUCUCCCCAUCCUUCCAGCACUCUGGAAAUGGUAUGGAGGUUCAGCGCCCCAAACGUCAGGUUUCCAGUGAAGUGGAGGGUGAGGGCCUGUCGAGUAGUGCCGGCACUGCGGAAAGCCCAGAUCUUUACACAAAAAGUGUUGGAUCUGAUGACCCCUCCAAUGAUGCCGCCACCCCCGACCUCAGCCCGCCCUCUUCUUCUCCACCGCACACGCCACCCCCACCUGCCCGGCCCUCGCAGCGCAGCAAGAGCGCUCGUUUCCACCGGCAGAGCGCAGUGGACCAUGGGGACAGGGGGAAGGAGGGGGCGGACAGAAGUGAGACAGGUGGGGAAAGGGGACACACAGAGAUUCAAGUGUUGAUGGAGGGCAGCGGGGGAGGUGAGGUUGGUGUAAAGGGGGAGUAUCCACGGGCCAACAGCUGGAGCGAAGACAGGAGGAGGGGAUUGCUGUCAAAAGGGGGGAGUGGGAUCAGUGGUCGAGGAGGAACCCGGACCAACGGACACAAACACAGCUCCUCCAAUCACAAAUCACGUGAGCCCAAUUCGUCCAAUCACAGACAGGCUAGAGGCGACAGGUGGAUAGAGUCAUCUUCAUCCUCAACUUGGACGUCUGGACACAGGGGUACGCACAGCAGGGGAGGCCGACUGCUGGAGCAGGACGAGGAGAAGAUCAGCAACUACGAGAUGGAGAUGAAGCCUUUACAGCCCAGAGACUCCACUACCCACAAGCCCCAUGGGCACGGGGAGGAGAGGCAUGGGCACAGCCACGGAGAGGGGCGUUCACACGGCGCGCCACGACAGAGGCAUAAGAACCGGGAUGGGAGGGAGGGGGGCAAGGACUCAACACACAAGGGGGACAGACAGGGGGAGAAAAUUGAUUCACGGCCACUACGGCGAGACCUCACCCUGUCACCCCCUCUGAAAUCCACCCCCAUCAUACCCGAGCGGCAGGACUUCAGCCUCACUCAGAGCAACGGAAACUCGGCCUACAGCUCCAUCCUGGUUGUCAUGGUGAUUCUGCUCAACAUUGGAGUGGCUAUUUUGUUUAUCCACUUUUUUAUUUAAAGACAGCAAUGCUUUCAGAGUCAACCUACCUAUGCUAGAAACACUACAAAAUAAUAAGAGUAUUACAGCAAAUCUGCUGCCCCUCCGUGUCCUGGCUAACAGAAGACCUGGACCAAGGAGAGCUCAGCCGGGCCGAAGACAGGGGAUCCCGGGCCGAGCCGGGUCCAGUCAGGGUGGAGGAAGAGCUGAUUCCAAAGAAUAGGACAGCAGGUUGGUCCAGGAAGGAUCCUGGUUGCAGGGAGUUAAGGUAGUCCAGAAAUUGGACGUGUGUGAGUUCUAACAGACCCACGCGGGCCACACUGGUCUGACUCUUCAGGCCAGUGCAUGUGCAGACAGGACUGAUGGAUUUUUUCAUUGUCAAAUCAUAGUUUUCAACAGGUUUGUAACUUCAGAUUUAUUUAUCGACAUUUUUUCUUCUCAUGUGCAAUACGUUGAUGGUUGUAUUGUUUAUUUUGACGCCCCCCCAAACCUCCUGCCUUUUACUUUCUCCGCCUGCCCGGCUGCUGUUACUGAUGGUUGGGGCUGUGGGUUUGAGCUCGGGACCAGAGGACUGUGUUCCACCUCCACACAUGCUCAUUCUUCAUGUCAUCGUGAAUCUGACAGUGAGUGUGUGUGGGAGCAGACAAGCCCACGCAGCAUGUGUGCAGAUGUGUAUUUGUACCAAACCGUGACGUGUGUGUGCAUGUUCUCCAAGUAGAAUAGUUGCUUCUCAUGCUGCUGAUGAAUUUUAUCAAAGCAUGUCGUGGGGAUGAAGCCACUGUAGUCACAUCAACCCACAAGUACAAGCUACCAGGUAUGUUCUUCACCUACAAACACAGCAGUCAGAGGACGGAGAUCCCUUUGAGUUAUACAUUUGAGAUGAAAGCUUCUUUGCAAAGUUUAGCUUAGAGGAAAUACUGCCUCGGAUCAGCCAUCCACAGUGCCCUGCAAAAGUAUUUUGAGUGAGUUUUCCACAUUUUGUCAAAUUACAACCAGAAACUUAAAUACGUUUUAUUAGGAUUUCAUGUGGUAGACCAACACAUAGAAACCCAUACACAUAAAGUGGAAGGAAAAUAAUACAUGGUUUUCAAUUUGUUUUUACAGAUACUGUGAAAGUCUGAAAGGUAUGUCAUGCAUGUGUUGAACUCCCCUUUACUCUGACAUCCCUAGAUAAAAUCCAGUGUAGCCAACUAUCUUCAGAUCUUCCCUGAUAACUAAAUAGAAUCCAAAACUAUGGAAUUUAAUCUGAAAAUAAAUCCAGGUGUUCUGUUUCUGGCCUCAGAGGUUUGUUUGGGAACAUUGGAGAACAAACAGCAACAUGAAGACCAAGACCAACAGCAGACAACUCAGGGAGAAAGUUGUGUAGAGGUUUAAAGAAAGUUUAUGAUUUAAAACAAUGUCCUAAGCUUUAAACAUCUAAUAGUGCUCUGUUCAAUCUAUCAUCUGAACAUGAAGAGAGGAUGGACCAACUGCAGACUCACAAAGACAUGGAUGUCCAUCUAAACUGAGCAAGGAGAGCAAUAAUGUGAGAAGCAGCCAAGGACCCGCAGAGAUCCAAAACUUAGGUGGGAGAAUCUGUCGAAACGAAAACUGUUAGUUGUGCACUUCAUAAAUUUGGUCUUCAUGGAAGGUGUCUAAUGCCAUUGUUGAAGGAAGUCCCAUUCAGUUUGCCAGUGUGGUGGAAAACUAACUGCACACCGCCCUGAACACACAAUCUCCCUUCCAAAACAUGGUGGUGGCAGCAUCAUGCUGCCUGGAAAAAGAUACUUCUAAAGACCUGAGACUGGGCAGAGAUUUAUCAUCCAGCACAGAACUCAAACUUACAGCCAGAAAUAAAUCAAAGCAUCUUCAUGUCUUAAGAUGACCCAGUCAAAGUCCAGACCUGAAUCAUUUUAAAAAUGUGGCAAAACUUCAAAACUGAGGUUCACAGACACGCUGCGUUGAAUCGGACUGAGCUUGAGCUGGUUUGUAACAAAGAGGUGGUCAAGAUCUCGGUCUCUACGUGUGCAAAGCUGGUGGAGACAUAACCCACAAGACUUGAAAGGUGGUUCUACAAAGUAUAGACUCGGUGGGUCUAAAUAAAAAUGCAUUUAUUAGGUUUUAUUUUUAAAAGUUUUAAGCAUUAUGUAUCAUUUUUCUUUAACUUCACAACUUUGUAUUGGUCUAUCACAUAAAGUCCUCAUAAAAUACAAUGAAGUGGUAUGAAUACUUCUGCAAACUACUGUUUGAACUUUAAACAACUAAACUGGUUUGGAAGACUUAAAACUACCAAACGAUUAAAAGACAAUAAUGCACUGUAUCAUCUUUGUUUUUGGUUCAUCUUGAAAGCAAAGCUUCAGAAGGACAUGUGUUGAGUUUGAAAGGAGUGUCUACUUGUUUCUGAGACAACCAGUUAACACUCUCUAACAACAACAGAUGAAGCUGAGACCCUGCUAAGCACCUAAGAGGAGAGUUUUGUUAUAAUUUAGUCUACACACAGGCCAGUGAUGACAGCAGAGCACAGAAGUGGUGGCAUCACAAGUGGAACGAUGGUGUUGCAGGUAGCUGCACGUCUGUCCAACUGUGAACACCAGCAGACCACCAACUAGCAUUUCAUACUUGACAGAGGGGGUCACAUUAUGGGUUUCCAUUAAACCAGGGGUUUCAUCGUGUAAUAACCUUAACCAAACCCAAACUGUGACCCCUAAAGAGCACCACUAAGUGCUGGUAUCUAUGAGACCAUCUCCAGUGUUCUGGAGGACUGUUGGAUGCUUCUGCAGCUGCCAGUAACACAGUUGCUUCACUCAUGUUGUCACCAAUAAUGCUCUCUGAUGUCGCUCUAGUCAUUGAAGCUCCUUGCAAAUCACAUAAUUUUACACACCCGUCAGAAGUCUGCAUCCGUACCAAUUUACAUGUUUUCUCUGCGUUUUGAAUCUUUAUAUGCAGGCAUUGCGACAUUGUCUUAUAGGAGCAAGUGUUGGUCCGGUCUGGACUCAGGACUUAACACAAAUUAAUUUAAUGCCAAUACUGUUAAAAUACUACUAUCUAUUUCUGUUCCUCACUGCAAAAAUAUCAACAGCAUCUGUUCUUCAUUUAGCUGCAUUUGUUCCCAUUCUUCUACCACAUCAUGUUCAAUACCAUCAGUAACAACUUCCAGGAAGGCUGAGAGGAUUUUGAUGGUUAUUGUUUUCUUUUUCAUUAUUUUUAAUAGUCCGACAGCAUUUCGUUAACUUCGGAUUGGAGCAGAAACUAGACUGUAGGUACAUUUCUGUUUUUUCUUCAACUUAUUACAACAUCAGCGGAGUCGGAUGUGCCUGCAGCCUGAUAGGCAGAACAAUAGAUUUUUAUUUUAUUCCGAAUCCCGGGAAACAUUUCCGAGGCUUUGCUGUAUGCCGUCAGCCUGGUGACGAUGCCCUGCGCCACCGUUUUAGUCUGCAGCAUGCUACAGCAUGUCAAGCUCUUUCUAUAGGUUUAAAUCUUUCUUUCUUUCUUUCUUUCUUUCUGGGAAAUACUCUGUUUUUGUUUUUCAGUUGUGUGGAGAAAAUAAUGAAAGUGUUUGAAAGAAAA